UACAUUAAAACCUGGAGGCCCCGGUACUUCCUGUUGAAAAGUGAUGGCUCUUUUAUUGGCUACAAAGAAAGACCAGAAACCUCUGAUCACAGCCUUCCUCCACUGAACAACUUUUCUGUUUGUGAGUGCCAGUUAAUGAAGACAGAACAUCCAAAAUCAAACACUUUUGUAAUUCGUUGUCUACAGUGGACAACAGUCAUCGAAAGGACAUUUCAUGUUUCUUCACCUGAAGAGAGAGAAGAAUGGAUGAGUGCAAUUCAGACCGUAGCCAACAGCCUGAAGAAUCAGGAGCUGAAAGAUGAUACCAUGGACAUGUGUGGCUCUCCUAAUGACAGUACUGGUGCUGAAGAGAUGGAUGUAGCAGUGAUGAAGUCCAGUACUAAAGUAACUAUGAGUGACUUUGAGUAUCUCAAGUUGCUGGGAAAAGGAACUUUUGGCAAGGUUAUUCUUGUUAAAGAAAAAGCAACAGGCCGGUAUUAUGCUAUGAAGAUUCUCAGGAAGGAAGUCAUCAUUGCAAAAGAUGAAGUAGCCCAUACACUUACAGAGAGCAGAGUUUUGCAGAAUACAAGACACCCUUUUUUAACAACAUUGAAGUAUGCGUUUCAGACUCAUGACAGACUUUGUUUUGUGAUGGAGUAUGCCAAUGGUGGAGAGCUUUUUUUCCAUUUAUCAAGAGAACGUGUAUUCUCUGAAGAAAGAGCCCGUUUCUAUGGAGCAGAAAUUGUCUCAGCCUUGGAGUAUCUUCAUUCACGAAAUGUGGUCUAUAGAGAUAUAAAGCUGGAAAAUCUGAUGCUCGACAAAGAUGGGCAUAUUAAGAUCACAGACUUUGGACUUUGCAAAGAAGGAAUUUCUGAUGGUGCCACCAUGAAAACUUUCUGUGGGACACCCGAGUAUUUGGCACCUGAGGUUUUAGAAGACAAUGAUUAUGGACGUGCAGUAGACUGGUGGGGCCUUGGUGUGGUAAUGUAUGAAAUGAUGUGCGGACGGCUGCCGUUUUAUAACCAGGAUCAUGAACGGUUGUUUGAGCUGAUUCUGAUGGAGGACAUCCGUUUUCCCCGCACACUCUCCCCCGAAGCCAAAUCCCUACUAGCUGGACUGCUCAAGAAAGAUCCAAAACAAAGAUUGGGAGGUGGCCCAAGUGAUGCUAAAGAAGUAAUGGGACAUCCAUUCUUUGCCCCAGUUAAAUGGCAGGAUGUGCUUCAGAAAAAACUUAUUCCACCAUUUAAACCCCAGGUGACAUCAGAAACUGACACACGAUAUUUUGACGAUGAGUUCACAGAGCAGAUGAUAACAGUAACACCUCCUAAAAGAUUCAGUGAUCCUUUUGAUGCAGAAGAUGAAGACCAGAGAAUCCAUUUCCCACAGUUCUCAUAUUCUUCUAGUGUACGAGAGUGAACCUAGCAUUUCACUGCCCCAAGUUCUGCAAAAAGACUGUCAAAUUCAAGAAUGUUUGGUCGUUUUUUUUUUGUCAGUACCUUAAAUGGUAUCCUGUUAUAUUCUUACAGUGCAGCGAAAGGAAAUCCUCAGUGACGUAAAAAAUUGCUGGAAAAACUUAGAUGAGUUUUGCUACAGAUAAAAUUGUUUUAAGUGUGAUGAUUGCUUUGCAGUUGUAAGCCAUAUUCGAAAUUUAAGUGCUCUUGUGUCAUGUUAUUAUAAGUUUGAAGUACUUUUAUAGCAAAACUAUUUUAUUUAUUGUUUUUUUUUUUUUUUUCACAAGCAGGAGCGAAAGACAUUUUAGUGCUCUUCCUUUACAGUAGAUGGGUGGGUAUUCAUGCCCCUCAGUGGGCAACCAAAUGGCAAAAGCUUUUCCUGUUGCUUUGUUGAAUUUGAUCUACAGCGCCUGUGCUGUGAUUGGUUGCAUUCAUUAUGUAUUCCAAACUACUCUGCUGUGCAGUGUGCAUGCACCAGUUCAAAAUGCAGUCACUUCAUACUUGGCAGGCAUCCUAACUAACUCUUUUUUUUUAAUUAGUUUUACAUUGAUUAGGAAAAUAGAUUUUAUCAAAAUGAAUUUAGUAUCUUUUAAAAAGUUUAGUGUGUUUAAUGUUUAAAAACUGACAUGUGCUGUAUUUUAUAGAAAUUAAUUUUAAUCUGAAAA